AUGCCGUCCAAACGUACCCGAAUCGCAGAAACCGUAUCCGAAGAGCCGUUGCCAAAACGAGCUCUCAGAUCACAAGGCAGGCCACCUUUCGACUCGAAAAAGGAAAAGAAGGUAAACACCACAGCAACGAAAAAUGCGCCCAAAAAGGGGCCGCAGCCGGAAACGAAAGGAAAUACCUCCCAACGCGAAACAGAAGAGGAGUCUGAUGGGGGUCCUUCCUAUUGGCUUAUGAAAGCGGAGCCGGAGACCAGAAUGGAAAAGGGCAAAGACAUGAAGUUCUCGAUCGACGACUUGAAAGCUUGCAAAGGACCUGCAGGCUGGGAUGGAGUGAGGAACUACAGUGCGAGGAACAACCUGAAGGCAAUGAAACAGGGGGAUUUGGCGUUCUUCUACCACAGCAAUUGUAAAGAACCAGGUAUCGUUGGAAUAAUGGAAAUCGUCAAAGCCGCCACACCAGACGAAACUGCUUUCGACCCCUCCGAGCCAUACUACGAUCCAAAAUCAUCAAGGGAUAACCCGAAGUGGUUUCUUGUGCACGUGGAGUUCAGGCGAAAACUGGAGCGGCAGAUUGGACUUGCCGAGCUGAAGACCUACACCCAAGGUGAGCUGUCAGAGAUGCCGCUGCUCAAGAUGAGCCGUCUGAGCGUGUCACCUGUCCCGAAAGCUUGCUGGGAUUUUAUCAUUUCCCUGGAGAAAUCGCUAUGA